AUGCGAGUCAGCGUGCGCCGCUUCUCCUCCUCUACUGCGAGGUGGAACGUCGCCAUUGUCGGGAGCGGGCCGGCCGGCUUCUACGCCGCCGACUUUCUGCUCAAGAAGAAUGAGCACGUCCAUGUCACGAUGUUUGAGCGGCUGCCGGCGCCGUACGGGCUGGUGCGGUACGGCGUGGCGCCUGAUCACCCAGAGGUGAAGAACGUGACCGACCGCUUCGAGGAGAUCGCGUCGCAUGAACGCUUCUCUUACUUUGGGAACGUCUCCCUCGGCCCGCGCAUCGAGAUCGCGGCGCUGCGCUCAGCCUACGACGCCGUCCUCCUCUCGUACGGCGCCUCGGCCUCUCGCUCCCUUGGAACGGUCGUCGUCGUCGGCAACGGGAACGUCGCCCUCGAUUGCGCGCGCGUGCUCGCCAAGGACGUCGACGAGCUCGCGCCGACAGACAUCUGCGAGCGGGCGGUGGAGGCGCUGCGCGCGUCCGCGGUGCGGCAGGUUGCGAUCCUCGGCCGGCGGGGCGUGCUGCAGGCGGCCUUCACGAUCAAGGAGCUGCGUGAGCUCACAAAGCUCGCCCGUGUCUCGACGUCGAUCGAGGCGCCGCCCGACGCCUUCUCCGCCGCCGUGCUCGCCGCCGCUGCAGAGGACCGGCCGCGCAAGCGGCUGGUUGAGCUGAUGAAGUCUCUGGUGCCAGAGGGCGGAAGCGGCGGCGGCGGCGGCGCAGAGAGGAGGAGUGUGCGGCUCCAGUUUCAGCGUUCGCCGGUGGAGUUUGUGGAGGGGGGGAGCGGGCGGCUGGGUGCGGUGCGCGUGGCGGCGACGGAGCUGCAAGGCGCACCGGGCGCGUCGCAGCGCGCUGCGGCCGUCGCAGGUUCCGAGGAGGAGGUGCCUUGCGAGCUGGCGCUGACAUCGGUGGGGUACCGCUCCCUUCCGAUCGAGGGCGUGCCACUCGUGAAGGCGCGCGGCGUCGUCCCGAACGAGGGCGGCCGCGUCUCCGGCGAGGCUGGCCUGUACGUGGCGGGCUGGCUGAAGCGAGGUCCGUCGGGCGUCAUCCUGACCAACGUCGGCGACGCGGCGGAGAGCGUGGCUGCGCUGCUGUCGGACCACGCGGGCGGGCUGCUUCCCGAGAGCGGCGGCGGCGGGGACGACGAGGUGCGGGAGCUGCUCGCGCAGCACGGCGGGCCCGUGGUCGAGUACGAGGGAGUGCGCCGCCUGGUCGCCGAGGAGGCGAGGCGCGGCGCCGCCGACGGCAAGGUGGCGCACAAGCUGGUGGACCUCGAGGAGAUGAUCGAGGUUGCGCGCGGGUGA